AUGGAUCAGGAGGGUCAGUACCCGUUGACGCAAGAGUUUCAGAAGAUACUGUUGUCUUCGGCUCCAUCCACUUUGGUUUCGGCAAUUGAUGCUGGAAAUAUCUCUUCUAAGAGUGGUACAUUUUCUGCAUCCGAUGAAAGUACAUUUGAUUUAGACCCACAAGUGUUUGAUAAAUGGGUUCCCUUUUUAAGGACAAGUGUUGAGAAUAAAAACUUGGAAUCUGCUACUGAUGAAUUGUGUAGCUCUGUAGACGACAAUUUCGAUGGAUUGGAAACUCAACUACUUCAAGAUGCUAAAUUGAAUGACAAACUGAAGAAUUCUAUUGGACAGAUAUCAAAAAUUCAGGAUAUAAUCGAUAACUCGUUAUUGCAAGAAGUGAAUGACCUACAAGAAAACCUUACGUAUUCCACAAACGAAGUAAUCAUGAAAAAGCAGGCAUACGUUAGUAAUAAGAAGACAUCGUUGAAGAUAUCAGAGGCAACGAUAUUGAUUACUAAAGUUUUGCAGAUUUUAGAAUUAUCAAACAAAUGCCAAGAGCUCAUAGUCGAAGCAGAUUUUUUCAAAGCGUUACAAAACUUGGAUAGUCUCGAGAAAAUAUACUUACAAGACUUCAAAAACUAUAAUUUCCAAUUUUUGAAGGAGAUCUACGACUCCAUUCCGUUUUUGAAGUCUGCUAUCAAGGAUGAAUGUAUCAACAAAAUUAAAAACUCCUUCAACGUAAAUUUGGGUAAAAAUCUCAGUCAUGUUGGAGAGGCUACAUUUAACGUAUAUAGUAAAGAGUUGGUACCUGAAUGGCUAGAAAAGAAAGACACAAUGAAAUUGGGAAUUUUCAAAUUCAAUUCUCCGGUCGAAAUAUCAUUAAGAAAUGAAAGUACCCUUGAGAAAAUUAAUCUAGAAAGCUUUUUUCAUCUGAAUGAAUUCCAUGAUUCAAUUCUCAUUUUUCAAAGCUUAAAUCAACAACCAUACCUAAUCUCCGAAUUUACCAAGGAAUAUAACUUCAGGAAGACAAAGUUAAUAGAUCCACUUCUAUGGAAAAAAUCUCAAAAACAAACAUCUAAUGGUAAUCUUGAUAUUUCAAGUGAUCCAUUCGCUCAGCAACUAAAUCUAGAAAGCUUCAAGGCCUAUUUCCUCAAACUUCUUGGCUUUCUGUUGUAUGACAUAAACUUGAAUAAAUCAACAGACUUCAUAUUAGCAAAUAACAAUUACAACUCUACUAAUGAAUUCUGGGAUGGUUUACUGAAACGUUUAGAACCCUAUCUGAAAUAUUUUUUGAAUGAGAAACUUAAAUCUGAGCAAGAGUUGGUGGAGUUUAAGGACUUUAUGGGGAUUUACAUUUCCAUUCUAGAAAACUUCAAAGUGAACAUUGAACCAUUAUACAAUAUUCUGAUAUCCGUGUUUGGUAGUUAUUGCCAGUUAAACAUAUUGGAGUUACAAAAAGAAUUCGAGAUAUUAUUGAAUGACGACGACUUUAUGCCUCUAACCAUUAAUGACCGAACUCUGUAUGAAAAAGUACUGAAAAUUUGUUGGAUUAAAGAAGAUGAGAUAACCAAAAUACAAGAGUCUGCUAUGAAGCAGAAUGGUGAAUUUAUAGUAACAUUACCGUUUUCGCCUCUAUACCCUAUGACAUACACACUACUUAAAAAAACUUAUAGCAAGUUAGUGCAUUUCAUUGGAAGUUAUUACCGGCACGAAUUGCACACUUUAAGCAACACACUGGUGAAAACUAUGGACACUAUCUUUAGCAAAGUUAUUAAUGAAAAGAUCAGGGGUAAGUUAGACACUACAUCAAGGGAAGAGAUUGCACAAAUCCUUGUCAAUCUUGAUUACUUUGUCAUAGCAGCUAAGGAGUUUAGUGCACUUAUGUCAAAAGAAAAUAUCAUGCAAAACCCAGCUAUGGAGAUCAAACUGUCAUCCAUAAGAAGCUAUGCAGAAAGCCGCAAAUAUGCCGAGACAAAGCUGAUACAGCUGAUUGACUCAAAGGUUUCAGAUAUUUUGGAAACCGUUGAAUUAGACUGGCAAGCGUCUACAGCUCGUAAUGAUCCUGAUAUUUCAAUUGUGGAUAUAGCCCAGUUCUUGGAAAUGAUGUUCUCCUCGACAUUGGUAAAUCUUCCCUAUAGUGUACAAACCUUGCUGAUCUUCAGGGAAUUUGAUUCCUUAACCAGUCAAUUUCUGGAGAUUUUGCUUCACGGCACUCCGACACAUCUUUCACAGGAAAGUGUCCAUAAUUUUGAGGUCGACAUGAAAUAUUUGGAAAGCAUUAUACCAAGAAUUUUCCCAACAACCGAAGAUGAAAGCAGUAGAAAUGUGGGAGAAAUUCAAUCACCCUUGACUGUCAAUUCACCUUCAAUAAAUGGGUUUGGCCGCUCGAUAAAUUCCAUAGAAAACAACAUCAAGUCAUUGCAAGCCACAUUUACAGAGUUAAAACAGUGUAUCGAGCUUCUGAAGAACAACAACUUUGAAGAAUAUGCUGAUCCUGAGGUGAGGCCUAGAAAAUACCCCCGUGUUAGGCCGGAAGAUGCAAACUUAUUGAUCCGCAAAGUUCAGCAAUCUCGCAUGCAUACUACGUCUAGUCUAGAAGAGGAAAAUAAUCUCUUACCAUAUGAUGACAGUCAACGAGAUGGAUCUAGCAGCAGAAUUGCCAAAUUUUUCAAUAGACACUAA